UCUCCAAUAGUCUCUCUCUCUCUCUCUCUGCGCAUCAACGGCAAUAAACGCAAUGCAAAUCAACACGCUCGCUCAUUCACCUACCUUAAUCCACCGCAAUGCCAAUCUCAGGCGACUCCCUCGGCCAUCCCCGGUUCGACUCCGACCGCCGUCCCUCCUACCCGCCUCGCUCGGACCUCCAUUGCGCAUCUCGCUGCCGCCGACGCGCCCUCGGCGCCCCUUCACGGCUUCGUGCCUCAGCAGUUCGAGCCAAGAGCUCCUCCACGAUGAGCCCGUGGUCGCCGCCGCCAGGAGCGACAGCAAUGGCGCGCUGGUAGUUCCGAGCGAAGAAGGAGAGCUCGAAGCGGCGGGAGUUGGCACUGAGGAGGAGGAUCUGGCAACGAAGAGCCUGUGGAGCCAAAUCAAGGAGAUCGUGAUGUUCUCGGGGCCGGCGACGGGGCUGUGGAUCUGUGCUCCGUUGAUGAGUCUCAUCUCGACGGCCGUGAUCGGCCAGGGAAGCUCGAUGGAGCUUGCCGCUUUAGGUCCUGGGACGGUGUUCUGCGACAACAUGAAUCUUCUGUUCAUGUUCCUGUCGAUUGCUACUUCGAAUAUGGUUGCCACGUCGCUUGCAAAAGGGGACAAAAAAGACGUUCAGCACCAAAUCUCCAUCUUGUUGUUCAUUGGAUUGACGUGUGGGACGCUGUUGCUUUUGUUCACCCAAUUCCUUGGAUCACAAGCACUCACUGCUUUUGCAGGGGCAAAGAAUGUGCACAUUGUACCUGCAGCAACCAAAUAUGUUCAGAUCCGAGGACUAGCAUGGCCUGCCAUCCUUUAUGGAUUGGUUGCUCAAAGCUCGAGCCUUGGCAUGAAGGAUUCCAUGGGCCCCUUGAAGGCUCUAUUAGUGGCCAGUUCUGUAAAUGGAAUAGGUCACUUAGUCCUGUGCAAAAUGUUGGGUUAUGGUAUUGUUGGUGCUGCUUGGGCAACAAUGGCAUCACAGAUUGUUGCAGCAUAUAUGAUGAUCGAAGCUCUGAACAAGAAAGGUUUUAACAGCUUUGCUGUCUCCGUUCCAUCACCCAGCGAAUUUCUACACAUAUUUGGGAUUGCCGCUCCAGUUUUUAUAACCAUGUUUUCAAAGGUGGCUUUCUACUCGCUCAUUACGUACUAUGCCACGGCCAUGGGCACAGACACGGUUGCGGCUCACCAGGUCAUGAUACAAAUGUACGGCAUGUGCGUAGUAUGGGGUGAGCCUCUCUCUCAAACUGCGCAGUCGUUUAUGCCUGAGUUGAUGUAUGGAAGAACCCGAAGCUUAGAGAAGGCCCGAGAGCUGCUGAAGUCUCUUAUGAUUAUCGGAGCAAUUCUGGGACUAGUAAUAUCUGGUAUUGGAGCUUCUGUUCCUGGUUUGUUCCCCAAUAUUUUCACAGCUGAUCCUAAUGUCAUACAGCAGAUGCACAAAGUCUUGCUUCCGUUCUUUGUUGCCUUAUUUGCGACACCUUGUACUCAUAGCCUCGAGGGAACAUUGUUGGCUGGAAGAGAUUUCAAAUUUAUUAGCUUGUCGAUGAGCAGUUGCUUCUCUCUUGGCGCCCUCCUGCUUAUGCUCGUAAGCAGCAGAGGAUACGGUUUGCCGGGCUGCUGGGGUGCACUCGUCGGGUUUCAAUGGGCUCGAUUCUUCCUUGCUCUCCGGCGUCUCCUCUCCCCUACAGGGAUACUUUACUCCGAGACCUCGACUCAGUUUCAAAUGGGGAAGUUGAAAGCUGCUUAAGUACCGAACUAUCCCCGUGAAUUUAGCUACAAAUUAGUGAACCUCGAAGGAAGAGCAAGGACGGGUUCUUGCCUUUGCUUCAAGACCCUGAAUUAACAGCUUCCUGGGAGGCAUUUGUGCUCUCCAGACUCCACAAUGGAUCAGGAGGCUCUCAUUCUUUAAUACCGGAUGGUGAGGAGAAGACAAUAAGUGAGCACUGCUUUUGGGCCUGUGCUUUUCUCCUGCUAGGAGAGUACAGUAUUGAUAGAUCCAUUGGUUUUUUACUGUCAAUUUGUUAUGCCCAAGUGCAUUCUCUUCUGUAAGGUGCUCAUAGGGAACAAAAAAAAUAUACUAAUUGUUCUUGAAGAGGAGGUGCUCGCAGUUUGCUCUGGAAAGUAAACCUUGAACCAUGGAUGCAGUCAGAAGAAACUUCUGAUGUAGUGGCAAGCAUAGGAAAUGAACAUUAACUGAUAGAACCUUGGAGUAUAUUUAUGGAUAUUAGCUAGUAA